UCUCAAUUCAAAUGAAGCUUGCAUUUACUUAACUGUCUUUUGCUUGGUGAUUCGUGUUGUUGAGAACUAGAGAUUUAUAUACAAACAAGUAUUACUUCUCUAAGUGAAAAAUUCAGGUGUUUACUACUUAAUAGAUCCAUCGGAACCCGGUGAUAUAGAAGGAUGGGUCAUUCAAUUCUUUCUAUUGAUGAUAAGGACGAUGGUAGCAUGCCGCCAUCGCGGAGGCAUGCAAACGGCGAGCCCAAUGUUCAAAAGGUCGCAGUGCCACCAAAGCAAAAUAUGUUGAAGGAUAUUAAAUCCAUAACAAAGGAGUUUUUGUUUUCGGAUGAACCUUUACGUCCUUUCAAGAACCAGACAAUAGCAAGAAAGUUCCUCAUAGGACUCCAAACUCUGUUUCCCAUUCUUGAAUGGGGAAGAGAAUAUACCUUAUCCAAAUUAAAAAAUGACUUGGUUGCAGGAAUCACUAUUGCGAGUCUCAGUAUUCCUCAGGAUAUUGGGUACUCUAAACUUGCUAAUCUGGAACCACACUAUGGAUUGUACACAAGUUUCGUUCCACCAUUGGUUUAUGCGUGCAUGGGGACUUCAAGAGAUAUUGCCAUCGGAGCAGUAUCAGUUAUAUCUCUCUUGUUGGGAACUCAAUGUUCGGCAGAAGCUGAUCCCAUAAAAAAUCCAAUUGAAUACCAUAACCUGGUAUUUACAGCUACAUUUUUUGCUGGGCUUGUUCAGUUCUUGUUUGGGUUUUUCAGAUUAGGAUUCUUGGUUGACUUCUUAUCUCAUGCUGCACUUGUGGGGUUUAUGGGGGGAGCUGCAAUCGUAAUUUCGGCUCAACAACUUGCACUAAUACUCGGCAUAAGGGGUUUUACGAAGAAAAAUGACAUUGUCUCCGUCAUGCAAUCAGUAUUUGGUUCAAUGCAUCAUGGAUGGAACUGGCAAUCAGCAGCCAUAGGAACACCGUUCUUGGCUUUCUUAUUUCUUGCCACCUAUCUAGGAAGUAAGAACAGGAAAUUCUUCUGGUUGUCGGCUAUAGCUCCUUCUUUCUGUGUUGUCACGUCUACCGUCAUUGUGUAUCUCACUCGUGUCGACAGGGACGAUGUUCAAAUAGUCAACUACAUAAGGAAAGGUAUCAAUCCAGUCACGUUUCAGGAUAUUUAUUUCUCAGGUAAAUAUCUCGCUGCAGGAAUGAGGAUUGGCGCGGUGGUAGGCAUGAUCGCUUUAUCGGAAGCUAUAGCGAUUGGACGAACAUUUGCAGGCUUGAAAAAUUAUAAACUAGAUUCAAACAAAGAAAUGUUGGCAAUGGGAUCAAUGAAUAUGGUUGGUUCCAUGACAUCGUGCUAUGUGUCUACAGGCUCAUUCUCUCGUUCCGCUGUGAACAACAUGUCCGGUUGCAAAACUCCGGUUUCAAAUAUUGUGAUGUCUGGUGUUGUUCUACUAACUCUUCUAGUGAUCACACCCCUUUUUAAGUACACCCCAAAAGCUAUUCUUGGUGCUGUUGUUAUAUCUGCCGUCCUCACCUUACUCGAUUACAAAGAAAUGAUUCGUAUUUAUAAAAUCGACAAAUUCGAUUUUGUUGCUUGCAUGGGAGCGUUUAUGGGUGUUGUAUUUACAACUAUCGAAAUGGGGCUUUUAAUUGCAAUCGUCAUAUCCGUCCUAAAAAUCCUGUUACAAGUGACAAGGCCGCGAACAGCACUACUUGGGAAAAUCCCAAGAACAACAAUUUACAGGAGCGUCGAGGAAUAUCCCGAUGCGUAUAAAGUUCCCGGCGUCCUGAUUGUGAGAGUGGAUUCGGCAAUAUACUUUCCCAACAGCAAUUACGUAAAGGAGAGGAUCUUGAGAUGGUUGGUUGAUGAAGAAGAACAUCUUACUGCAAAAGGCCUACCACAAAUCAGACACUUGAUUGUCGAUAUGUCAUAUGUUACCGACAUUGAUACCACUGGGAUUAAUGAACUUGAGCUUUUAUUUAGGACCCUGCAGAGCCAAGAUGUUCAGCUUAUCCUUGUCAAUCCUGGGGCAUCGGUGAUGGAUAAACUUCAUUCAUCAAAAAUCGAAAAUGUCAUUGGUCCCAGCAAUAUCUAUCUUACCGUGACAGAAGCAGUUAAGAGAUGCAACCCAAAGACUACAAUCGAUGAAGUGUAAAGUUUGUCGCAGAAAGUACGACAACCUUGGAAAAGGAAUUCGACAUAUUUAUCAAGGAAAGGAAUUACACAGUUUUCUUUAAUUAUUAACAUCUGAAACGUACAUGA